AUGAUGCAGUGGAUGUUCCAAAACCUCGCCACAGGGACCGCGGUAUCUCCUGUGGACGGCAAGACCUACCCUAUGUUCCUCCUCUUCCACCCGAGGGACCACUGUGCCCACAACAACAGCAUGACCCCCCUGCCUGCAAAGUCAGGGUCGUACAACCGGUUUGUGGAGUUCCCCCUCACUGGCUGCUCCGAGACCAGCAGCGGCACCACCUGGAACUUCUCAUGCGCCACCCGGGGCCAGGACAACCCGGGGUUCACGCGCAACACCAGUGCCGAAGUCUGGAACGCGUCAUCCCUCGAGAAGAACAACGGCAACCCGCGCUACACCAGCCUGGGCUCCAACAAGGUCGAGUUCUCCACGCGGCGCUGCAACGACAGGGGCCAGUGCGCCUACACCGUCAAGACCCUCCAGUCCUGGAGCUAUAACAAGAAGACCGGCGCCCUCACGGUCACCAGCAAGCUGCUGAUCGGGCUGACGUGGUACGCCGGCAGCAACACGCGCAUCAUCAACACGUGGGCCGACGGCUUGGACCCCUACCACAAGUUCUACCGCGCGGCGAUGCACUACACUGAGGAGUACAGCACCCUGCCCGGCUGGCUGCCCGACGCCUACAACAAGGCCAACCCCCCGAAGGGCCGCUGA